AUGUUUGGCCUGAACAGACUUAAUCGCACACAUCGUUUGAUUCUGGGGAUUAUCAUAUUGCUCAUCGUCGAUGUGAUUUGGGUUGUAUCCGCAGAAAUUACCAAGUUCAUUUUCCAAGACACAGACUACAAGAAAGCAUUCUUCACCACCUAUGUCAAGACUGUCAUGUUUUCCAUGUAUUUGUUUGGUUUCAUUGUUUGGAAGCCAUGGAGGGACCAGUGCUGCAAUAAAGUGGUUAAUGGGGAGGAAGUGGGUUCAGUAGCUUCACCUGCUGAACCAGAUGGAAUGCUGGGGUCUCCUGUAUACGUUCCUGUGAAGUAUGAGAAUUACGACAGCCAUACAAGUGGAGGGGAGUCAGAUGAUGCCUGUAAUGGCGGUUCAAACAAAACAGUGAGGUUCAGCAAAGUGUCAGAAGUUCGCCAACUUUCAGAAAAAUAUGCUUUAGAGCACAACUUGGCUCGCUUGUCCUACCAGGCAAGCAUGGAAGCAACAGAAAAGCUUACUAUUCUACAGAAUCGAUUGCCGGUGAAACAAGUGGUGAAGCUAGCCUUCUACUUUGGCUUACUGUGGUUCUGUGCCAGCUACAUGUACCAACUGGCGGUUGAACGAACAGAGGCUGCAGUUGUAAACAUACUCUCAGCCACGUCCGGUUUGUUCACUCUCAUUUGUGCAGCUAUAUUUCCUAGUGGACCCACUGACAAGUUUACUCUCUCCAAACUUACAGCAGUUAUCAUCAGCUUGUUAGGUGUAACAAUGGUAUGUGAGGCAGAUCUCAAGUUUGAAAAGUCUUUCCAGGUUGGAGCCUUGUGGGCUUUGAUCAGCGCCAUGUUUUAUGCCUUUUACCUGGUUCUUAUACGAAGGAAAAUUGACAAUGAGGAUAAGAUAGACAUACCUAUGUUUUUUGGGUUUGUAGGGGUAAUAUGUGCACUACUGCUGUGGCCAGGUUUUUUGAUAUUGCACUUCUCCAAGGAAGAAACAUUUCAGUGGCCCACAAGAUUACAGUGGAUGUUCAUACUUCUGAAUGGGGCCAUUGGUACGGUGCUGUCAGAAUUUUUAUGGCUGCUUGGCUGCUUCCUAACGUCUUCACUCAUAGGAACACUCUCCUUGAGUCUUGUCAUUCCACUCAGUAUGGUUGCUGAUGGAGCUGUUAAAAGUAUUCAUUACAGCAAAUGGCUCUACUUGGGCUCAGUGCCGGUCAUCUUCUCCUUUGUUGUGGUUAGUUUGUUGACCCACUGGGAAAACUGGGACCCCGUCAUGCUCGGGAUCAAGAAAAUCUGGCAGUGCUUUUGCAGGAGAAGGCUUACUGUCCGGGUGCGAGAGCUAGAUAGAGAACAGACGGCAAGUUUGAUAACAGAAGAGAGUCAUCACUGA